ACUGUCGGUGUUGGCUAUUCCUUUCCUCUUCACCUCCCCCUGAAGUGUCCCAGCGCCUCCUGAGGGAGGAAAUUGUACGUUCCUGGGGCAGUGAGGCGAGGGCCGCAGAGAACCGAGCGUCUGGACCCCGGAAUUAUUGCCAGAACUCCUGACUCUCGUGAAUAUGCAAAUGUAGGGCGGGGCGGUCGCGGCCGGGCCUGGAAGCGGCGCGGCUUAGUCACUUCGGCGGCGACGAUGAUAAGGCUGAACCUGUGGUGGGCGGCGGCGUUGUCGUAAUCUUUCGACGUUUGAGGAGUCUCCCCGCGUUCGGUCUUCUUUCUUUCCGCCUUGUCUCCACCAUCAUGAUGGAGGAGAUAGACCGGUUCCAGGUGCCAGCCGUUCGGGCCGAGAUGCAGCUGCUGGAUCCAACAGCUGCAUCUAUUUUGGACAGAGAUUGCAGUAUGAGAGAAGGAGAGACUGUAGCCAUGAACUGUAAGCCAUCCCCUCUUCAAGUGAAGUUAGAGAAGCAGAGGGAGCUGGCUCAGAAGGGCUCCCUGAAGAAUGGCAACAUGGGAAGCCCAGUUAAUCAGCAGCCCAAGAAGAACAAUGUGAUGGCACGAACAAGGCUCGUCAUUCCCAAUAAAGGCUAUUCGUCAUUAGAUCAGAGUCCAGAUGAAAAGCCACUGGUAACCCUGGAUACGGACAGUGAUGAUGACUUUGACAUGUCCAGAUAUUCCUCCUCAGGAUACUCAUUGGCUGAGCAGAUCAACCAAGACUUGAACAUCCAGCUCCUAAAGGAUGGGUACCGGUUAGAUGAGAUCCCAGAUGACGAGGACCUCGACCUAAUCCCCCCUAAAUCCAUCAACCCUACCUGCAUGUGUUGCCAAGCCACCUCUUCUACUGCCUGUCAUAUCCAGUAGUGAGUCUGGCAGGCUGUGAUCAGUGCUUUCCACUAUAAGUGUAAAACUUAACAGUCAUCACUUCCUCCUAUGGUAGGACAUGCACCUCUUUGUGUUUAUGGAGCCAGAAGAAACAAAAAAAUUUAUGAUUAGUUACUAAGUUAUUUUAAACUGGUAAAACAAAAGACAAGUUGAUCAAAAUGCCAGGCACUGCCUGGCAGAACUGACUGGUCUGGAGAGCAAAUGCAGAGGGGUCCAGAGAUACCAUCAUGGUUUGUUUAUGCACUGGAGAUGUUUUGUAAGGUAUUUAUUCCAGAAUGGGAAGGGUCAGAUGGAGCUGCAGUUACUGCUGCCCACUGAAACCAAUCCAUCUACAAGAUCAGGGGUGAUUCUGAGGUGUCAGAGUGUUUUACCUGUGGGAGAAGGUCAGUUCUUAAUUGCUUCACUAAACCUGAGACAUUUGCAUAACUAAUACUGUAACUGGGACACAGAAAUAGGAACUGAACAGGGCACCCUUUCUUAUGGCAAGGCUAGUUGUCGCCUUCUCAAGGCGUGGUGACCUGGUUCAGGCCUGGCACGGUGACCCUAACCUCGGGCCACUCGGUCCAUAAGCUCCUGACACCAACGUGGUGGACAACAAAUGGCGUUUAUUGAGGGGUCACAAGGGUUUUUAU